CAACUAAUUGACGUCAUAUUGACGUCAUUUACAUAUAAUAUUAAUGAAGGUUUAACACCUUUGUUAUCCUCCAAGCAUCAACAUAAUUAAUACUCUAAGCGAUUUUAUCAAAUACAAGCGCAGAAAUAAACCUUCAUUGAUGGUUGCAAUGAUUUUUUAAAGAAAAGAAAAUAUCUCAAUAAUGAAACAUGGAAAGAAAAAUCUAAACUUUCUUUUACUUUACUUGAAGUAAAGAAAUGGCGAUCUUAAAUUAAGAAAAUACAAUAUCAAUAUAGUUUACUCUUAUCGAUAUGAGCAAUUCGUAGUACUGAAUCCUUUUUCAAUAAACCGAAUACUUUCUAAUACCCAUACUCAGAGAAACGUCUAUUAUGAACUACAUUGAAAAUUUUAAAUUUUUGAUGUUUCUACAUCGGCACUAAGCAUACUUAUAAAAAGUAUGUUUGGUGCCUUAUCUGUAAAAUAAUGCUAAAAUGAAGGAAUUUUUGACGGUAUGCCAAAGAGAAAAUGAUGUUUAUAUUGCUAUAAAUAUGCAAGGCGUCAUUUUUAAAGCAUUAUUGAUAUUGUGUUUUUAUUGAUACUAUCAUUUGAUGUUUCUCAACCGGAAAAUGUAUAGAAAGGUAGCUAACUGUAUAAACUAGAAAUAAAGCUAAAGCAAAGUAACUUUGCGAGGUAUACCCAAAACGAUUUUGGGUUUUGAAAGCGGUUCAUCGCGAAUACGCGACAUAACAAAAAAAAAUUGCCUCUUGAAAUACUUGAAAUUAGAACACUUGAUAUUAUUUAUAUAUUGCUUUCUAGAGCACUUCGAAAACGUUAUUCCAGUGUACUUGGCCACGUUGUGGGAAAAUGUUGACAAAUUCUCAUGCUAUUGUACGACACAUUCGAGCAUGGCACUUGGGGUAAGAUUUCCAGAUGUAAACGCAACCACCAGGGGGCAGUAAUACCUAUAAGUACCAGUGAUUCCAUUUUCAAAAACCAUAAUUUCCUUCCAGCCGUUCAAAAUUUCCUUAGUUUUGAAAAAAAUUUACACCUAAUUUAAAACUGAUUUUAUAGUAAUUUAUCUCGAAUAACGGGGUAUUUCUUGCCCUAGAAGGAACAUAGACGUUGCAGGGGUUGACUUAUCAAAGGGGAGAGACAAAGAGUUUACCUAGAUUAACACGAAGGAGAAUAACCAGGGGGAUCUGGGUUUGCGUUUCAGUGACUGAUUGACCAAUUGGGAACAAGCAUGCCAGUAAACUGGAAGUUGAGCAAUUGUUCAACAAAUGAAUUGAUCGAUGUUAGGUUAUGAAUUGUUGCAAUAUUUUAUCAACACUUCUAUUGCAACGACAGUAAAUGUAUAGAAAUAGAAUCUUAUGUUCCUUUUGUGUUUUAUCAGGCCUAAAACAGACAAAGGCGAGGAUUACAGCGAUGGCGAAGAGGAAUUUUAUUUCAUCGAAAUAGAACGAAACGCAGACGACGUGAUUGACCAUUCCUCAGAAGAAGCCAUCUCACCCCCUCUGACUCGCACAACUUCCAGACGCUGCCGAUCUUUUAGCGACCCUUCAGUACCUACUCAACCCCCCGUCUCGUCAAGCGCGCAACUCCACUUAGAUGAUAACUUCAUAUGGCCUUUACGGCAGGCAGGGGGGAGGGGCAAGGCGAAGAGACCGCUACACCAGACAGUUCACACGAAUACAAGAAAAGCCCGAGGCGAUGGCAAGAAAUGUCGAAAAGUCUUUGGCAUGGAAAACAAGCAACUGUGGUGUACACAAUGCCGCUGGAAAAAGGCUUGUGCUAAAUUUAUAGACUAGCUCUGACCUUGACCUAGUCUCUGACCCGGCUUUGAUAUGCAGCUAGUGGACUGGUUACAAGUUCCCCGGUGCACGGUGGGAUAGUUCGUCGACACAUCUGACACGUCACGACCAAUUUGCAACUUUUUCUCGUGGAGGAAAACAUGCAAAAAUAUAGACAGUAUGUGGCAUAUAACUUUGAACAGAUUUAUCGUAUAUGGAAGGCACUUCAUAGUUGACAGUAAUUGAUAUAGUUGGAGUUUGAUAAUGGGGUAGGAUGCCAGAGCAAGGGGGAGGAGGGGAGUCUUAUCUGGUGGGGGGCAAUAGGCGAGAGGGGCCCUUUUGUAUUUUGGUUUAAGAGAAAUUGGUUGAUUAUAUCCUGUUGUUUUGCGCACAGUAUGUGGGUUUCAAGUAAUCGCACGAGACUUUGACGCAAAGGCAGGCGCGCUUCCUCUGUUAAAAUGCCCUCAGUGUGCACUGAACUGGUAGGUUUCCAUUUUUGUGCAUAAGCCAUUUUUAACAUGGUUCGACGCAAAAACAGCCUUUUGAAUGAAAAUGUCUUGGAUGGAAAAUACCCGAGCCCCCCGCCCCCUCCCCAUUUUGACAUUUCACGAUCGGAAAUUGCUACCAAGCUAAGGUAAACUUGGCUUAACUGAGCAUGCGUAGAUUUCCCCUUUUUUAGCAGUUGUUCUGAAUAUUAAUGAGGUGAGUUGCUAAAUUAUGUUAAGGCCCACUUCUAUUAACUGUGGGCCUAUAAACAAUAUUACGAGACUGAAGCAUGUUUAAAAACACUUUAAACUUAUAAUUUUGAGCCUCAAUUUGUCAUAAAUACGUCAAAGUAUACCAAAACAAAAAGCGCGCGAAAAUUGCUGACUGAACCCCGCUGAUCCAAAAAGUAGACCAGGAUAGUGCUUCCGGUAUCCAUGAAUGAGCCAAUGGCAGCCGUGUUUGUGUGACCACCACGAAUCUACAGCUGUGGUGUUGGUGACAUGUUAGAAGAUACGUAAUAUUUCAAAUCCAACCGCAGGGAGCCCAUCCCGGGUCUUAUUGAAGUUAUGUAUUAGAAUUACGUACGAAAUAUAUAGCUCAGUGUUGAAGCCUGCAAUUUGCCGGCU